AUGAAUCGAUCUGCAGCUUUCAAGACUGUCCUUGGUAAUCUCAAGAAGAGUUCUGCAACUACUUCUACUGCUAUGGCUCAGCAACAAAAAUCCAACAUUCUGGUCCUUAGAUUUACCUCGGCGCAACAUCAACAACGAUUCUUACAAUCGUUGGCAAAGAGAAACAAUCCUGGAUUCUUUGAUGUGGCUUCUGGAAUGUAUGAAAGUGAUAAAUACAAACUUGAUAACAAACCUUUCGAAUUCAGAAAUGGAGAACCCUUCUUCUUGUUCUAUUAUUUGGGAUCUGUCAUUAUCAGUAUUCCAGCCACGAUGGCCUGUGUGUUGAGUGCUAUCUUUUUCUUGUGGUAUUCCUUUUUCGAUACUCAAGUGACAAGAUCAAGAUCCAAUCCACAUCCAUUCUUGGAAACAAAGAAUGGAGCUCAAGCGCAAGCAAGCUUAAUUCCACUCUUGAGAGGUACUAUGAAAUUUGGUAUCCUCAAUGCUGAUUACAAACAAUUGUAUUGGAAUGAAUUGAAUAGAGCCAAGAAGCAUGAACUUUAA